GGAGCAAGAUGGCGGACGACCAGGACGUCAGCCUCCUGGUGAUCGUGGUGGACGUGAAUCCUGUCUGGUGGGGACAGCAGGUGUUGAAACAAUCCCAGUUCACGCUGACGAACUGCAUGAACGCGGUGAUGGUGAUGGGAAACUCGCACUUGGUCAUGAGCCGCAGUAACAGCCUGGCUAUCAUAGCGAGUCACAGCCAGGAGAGCCGCUUCCUGUAUCCGGGGAAACACUGGAAGCCGGGAAGCUUUAUGGGAAAUAGCGACGACGGUUCAGCGGAAGCUAAUUUCUCGGGCAGCCGAGACGGGAAGUACGAGCUGCUAGCUGUGUGCGAUGACGUGAUCACGGAGGAGGUCAAGGAUCUGAUGGCGAAAACUGAGGUGAGAGCCCACAUGAUGGAGACCUUGCUGGCGGGGUCACUGGCCAAGGCAUUGUGCUAUAUCCACAAGGUGAAUAAGGAGUUAGAAGCGGGCCGAGAGAUGAAAUCCCGAGUCCUGGUUAUAAAAGCUGCAGACGACUGUGCUGCUCAGUACAUGAAUUUUAUGAAUGUGAUCUUCGCGGCACAGAAACAGAACAUCCUGAUUGAUGCCUGUGUGUUGGACUCUGAUUCCGGUCUCCUCCAACAGGCCUGUGAUAUCACGGGAGGUGUUUAUCUACGAGUCCCGCAGACCCUCUCCCUCACACAGUACCUGCUGUGGGUGUUCCUGCCGGACCCUGAGCACCGGGCACAGCUGGUGCUGCCGCCCCCUGUGCACGUGGAUUACCGGGCCGCCUGCUUCUGUCACCGGAACCUGAUCGAGAUCGGCUACGUGUGCUCCGUCUGCCUGUCCAUAUUCUGUAACUUCAGCCCCAUCUGCACCACAUGCGAGACUGCGUUCAGAAUGGCUUUGCCACCAGUGCUCAAAGCUAAGAAGAAGAAGUUGAAGCCGUCGGUGCCUAAUUACUUUGUGAGCUGAGCUGAGCCUCGCCGUGCCACGAGGCAGUGUGACACGCAACGUGCCGUGCGUUGGGUUUGUUGUAACCGGCGGUGACCGGGCAAUGCCUUCCUGACUACGGCAGCCACAAUAAGGACAUAUGGGGGGGGGGAAUGUGGCUUUGUACUGUAACAGUGCGUUUUUAUACUGUAAACUCACUCCCCCACCCCCAAGCCAGCAUCACUGUGAGGUUAAUCAGCUCAGAACCCCGAGACUGUGGUACGUUCUCCGUGCAGCAGUAAAGCCCAGUGUGCGGGAGCGCUGGCAGCUCUCAGUGGGACGAGCGGAUAUUGUGAAGCCCUCCUCCACCCACCCCCCUUACCGCCCGGGGAGGAUCUGCUGAGUAAUGUCUACGGUCUUUGUAAAUACAUCACCUCUCCUCUCGCAACGAGAAUAAACCACGUGGCGCCAGGCAACUCUGUAAAUCCUUGUUUAAGGAAUUAUUUUCAUUAUAAGUUUGUUCCAUGUG